AAUACCCAGAGUCUUUCAGUGUUUUUCAGUUCUUCUCAUAUCCUUUGCGUUUUCGUGCAAAGUUGCAAACCCUCGUCUCCAAAGCCACCAUAGGACACACGCUCACAUCCACAAACCAUGGCGCUCGACAAAUUCGUUUCAGCUCCGGGCCCGAACCCGACGACCCAACCGAGCAAGGUCCGGUGGGGAGAGCUCGAUGAGGACGACGGUGAGGACUUGGACUUCCUGCUCCCGCCUCGCCAAAUAAUCGGUCCGGACGAGAACGGAAUCAAGAAAGUGAUCGAGUACAAGUUCGACGAAGACGGAAACAAGGUCAAGAUCACGACCACGACCCGGGUCCGGAAGCUCGCUAAGGCCCAGCUGAGCAAACGGGCAGUGGAGCGCCGGUCCUGGCCCAAGUUCGGCGACGCGGUUCGUGAGGACGUUGGUAGCCGACUCACCAUGGUCUCCACCGAGGAGAUCCUUCUUGAGCGCCCCAGGGCUCCUGGUUCUCUCUCUCUCUCUCUCUCUCUCUCUCUCUCUCUUUACGUGUGUUUUCAUGUGUUCAUAUUUGUGGUUUUGAUUUGCUUAAUUUGAUUUUCUGUUUGGUUGCUGAGGAAUGUGAAUGAAAACGAGAUCUGAAAAAUAUGUAUUUUAAAGGUGUUUUGGAUUUUUAGAAACGCAAAAUUCGUUUUUUUUUUCCCCUUGUGAGUGAAUUGUGAGCAUUCAUCUAAACUAAGCAAAAUGGUUGAAUUAGAAUAGCUCAUGGAGCUUUGGUUUCCAAGGGUCUCAAUUGAUUAAAAAUCUAAGCAUCGGAAAAUUCACAAACUUUAGGAUUGUCUUGGUUUCUCUGUGUCUAAGCUUGUAGCUAAUUUAGGAUCUUAUAGUCGCUUAGUAUGAAUGGACAAUCUUCUGGAAAGAAAUCUAUGACCUUUUAAGACAAACUCUACACUGUGCUGAACAUAGUAGAUUCAUUGUAUUGUAGACUUAGAAAUAUCUGCUGUUGCUACCUUCAAUGACUUGUAUUGUGGCUAUGAAAAUUUAACUAUUGGUGGUUAGAAUUAAGCAAAACUAAGAAACCAGAUGGCUUCUCUUUCUCUAUGGUUGGUGGGUCUUUUUCAGUGAUUUUAUGUUUGCCCAGGCCAGUGGAAGAGGUUACAAUCAAAUCUUGUUUUGUCUUCUCUCUUUAAUUUUUAUGCUGUCACUGUGAGUUUUGUCACUUUAACAAAUAACACUUUGUCCUUUGUAUCUGCAAUUGUUGUACUUUAAUUGUGGGUCUUAUAAUGGGUUGAAGCCCAAAUAUACCAUUUAAACAAUGCUCGAUUAUAGCCCAUGGGGCACCUGCCUUUUAAAGUUCUUAAGUACUUCUCUAUUUGCUGAGAGAGUUGAUGAAUAAGAAAUUUAGUUCAAUUGCAGUAAAAACUACAUAGA